AUGGCUGGGCUCGAUGAAGGACUGAUGGAUGUGGCUACCGGUUCGUCUUCUUCGGAUCUUCUUGGUGAUGUUCCUGACGAAGAUGUGAAUCUGUUAUUAGGUGAGCUGUACAUCUCUGAACGUCAGGAGGAACCAAAACUGGAGGAACGGACCAUCAAGUUUCCUUCGCUGGCUUCGGAACUCGUAAAAACUUUGGAGACUGCUGAUUUGAGGACUUGGAAACGUCUAGUGGAACUGUGUAGUGUUGUGAAAACAAGGAUUGGUGGCGUUACUUUGAACAUCGGUGGAUUCGAAUCCUUAAAGAAGAUUUGUUGCGGACAUUUGACCAUUCCCACGCCAGCGGACUUACCUGUAUCAGUGAAGGGAGCUGAGAUAUCUGAAGGAUCUUCAAACGAACAUUUGGAAGUUAUUUCUGAAUCUUCUGAUUUAGUGGAUUUGGGACCAAGUGAGGAAGUGGAGAGAAUCCCUUGUAUCCCUGCUGUUGUUGAUGAGAUGGCUGGUACUUCAAAAGGUCAAACUGGGGCAAUCGCUGGUCUUGGAGAUGAGGAGAUUCUUCAAUUUAAUUUGGGACUGGAUUUAAAUGAAGGCGACCGCCCUUUUCGUCAUUGGAGUUCAAUCUUUGAAGUAUCAAAAUUCAUGCCUGAUAAUUCUCCGACAUAUUUCAAUAAUGUUGGGAAAUCGAUGAAGUUAACUGAUGCCGUUUUCAAGGAACUGAAGUCAAAUCAAGUUAAGGUUCCGCUGCCAGUACCAGGGACUUUGGUUGCCGAUUUCGACUUUAGUACUGCGAAUGGUCUAUGUCUGGCUGGUCUGUGGUCUGUGGGGAUGGAUCGAUGUCUUCCAGCAACCUUCGAAAUCGGAUUAAGGUCUUUGAUCGGAUAUUUGAACAAAAGUGAUCCUGAUCAUGUGGGUUGGAGGUCGGUUGUAUCUCCGAUCCUUUAUUUGUCCCGAUUUAACAAUCAUUGUGAAGCAAGGAUUGGGGGCAUUACUUUGAACAUCGGUGGAUUCGAAUCCUUAAAGAAGAUUUGGUGCGGACAUUUGACCAUUCCCACGCCAGCGGACUUACCUGUAUCAGAGAAGGGAGCUGAGAUAUCUGAAGGAUCUUCAAACGAACAUUUGGAAGUUAUUUCUGAAUCUUCUGAUUUAGUGGAUUUGGGGCCAAGUGAGCAAGUGGAGAGAAUCCUUUGUAUCCCUGCCGUUGUUGAUGAGAUGGCUGGUACUUCAAAAGAUCAAACUGGGGCAAUCGCUGGUCUUGGAGAUGAGGAGAUUCUUCAAUUUAAUUUGGGACUGGAUUUAAAUGAAGGCGACCGCCCGUUUCGUCAUUGGAGUUCAAUCUUUGAAGUAUCAAAAUUCAUGCCUGAUAAUUCUCCGACAUAUUUCAAUAAUGUUAGGAAAUCGAUGAAGUUAACUGAUGCCGUUUUCAAGGAACUGAAGUCCAAUCAAGUUAAGGUUCCGCUGCCAGUACCAGGGACUCUGGUAGCUGAUUUCAACUUUAGUACUGCGAAUGGUCUAUGUCCGGCUGGUCCGUGGUCUGUGGGGAUGGAUCGAUGUCUUCUACCAACCUACAAAAUUGGAUUGAGGUCUUUGAUCGGGUAUUUGACCUGCAUAAAGAAGAGAAAGGAGUGCCCGAUUGGUCUUGUUUGCGACCGGAAUGGUGUUCCUGUGUUACCUUUAACGCCAGUUAGGGCUGAGCAUUAUGUUGGUCCUGACGAACGUAUGGAGGCGGGCAGGAUUUAUCAAAAAUUGAGGUCUUUGAUCGGGUAUUUGAACAAAAGUGAUCCUGACCAUGUGGGGUGGAGGUCGGUUGUAUCUCCGAUCCUUUAUUUGUCCCGAUUUAGUAAAGCUGCUUCUUGGGGAAUAGAUGGGAAUGUUAUUCCUGGGAAGUCUCCUUUUGAGGAGCAUAUUCACUGUGGUUCUAAUGGUCCAUCAGUCUUUUGCAAUGGGAUGGAAAGUUUUUCUGUCUCAAAGGAGUUGCAUGGUGAACAGGGGGAUGUGUUC